GUGUCUGUUCUAGGUUCCCAGCACGGGAUCAUCCAUCGCUCCAGCAGUGCCAGCCACAGAGCUGCGGUCAUGUCGAAGCUAAAGAGUUCCGAGUCCGUCAGGGUGGUGGUACGAUGCCGGCCGAUGAACAGCAAAGAGAAGACGGCUUCGUAUGAAAGAGUUGUUAACGUGGAUGUCAAGUUAGGGCAGGUCUCGGUGAAGAAUCCGCGGGGAACAUCUCAUGAACUGCCCAAAACUUUCACCUUUGAUGCUGUGUACGACUGGAAUUCCAAACAGGUUGAACUCUAUGAUGAGACCUUCAGACCUCUUGUGGACUCUGUUCUGCAAGGGUUCAACGGGACAAUCUUUGCAUACGGGCAGACUGGGACAGGGAAAACAUAUACGAUGGAAGGGGUGCGCGGUGAUCCCGAAAAAAGAGGAGUCAUCCCCAAUUCCUUCGAUCACAUCUUCACCCACAUCUCGAGAUCUCAAAAUCCUGCGUCGUAUUUGGAAAUAUACCAGGAAGAAAUCAGAGACUUGUUAUCAAAAGAUCAGUCCAAGCGGCUGGAGUUGAAGGAGAGACCAGACACAGGUGUGUACGUGAAGGAUUUGUCCUCCUUUGUUACAAAAAGCGUCAAAGAGAUAGAGCACGUCAUGAAUGUGGGAAACCAAAAUCGCUCUGUUGGUGCCACCAACAUGAACGAGCAUAGCUCUCGGUCUCACGCCAUUUUUGUCAUUACUAUCGAAUGCAGCGAGUUAGGACUCGAUGGAGAGAAUCACAUCCGCGUGGGGAAACUCAACCUGGUGGACUUGGCGGGCAGCGAGCGCCAAGCCAAGACCGGAGCUCAGGGGGAGAGGUUAAAGGAAGCCACCAAAAUCAAUCUCUCUCUGUCGGCUUUGGGCAAUGUUAUCUCCGCCCUGGUAGACGGCAAAAGCACCCACAUUCCUUACCGGGACUCAAAGCUGACCAGGUUACUUCAGGACUCGUUAGGUGGCAAUGCCAAAACGGUGAUGGUGGCCAACAUAGGCCCUGCCUCGUACAACGUGGAGGAGACCCUGACAACGCUGCGAUACGCCAACCGUGCCAAAAACAUCAAGAACAAGCCACGAGUGAACGAGGAUCCCAAGGACGCUCUGCUGCGAGAAUUCCAGGAAGAGAUUGCUCGACUCAAGGCACAGUUAGAAAAACGGUCUAUAGGCAAAAGGAAGAGGAGGGAGAGGAGGAGAGAUGGUGGGGAAGAGGAGGAGGACACCGAAGAGGGCGAGGAUGAAGGAGACGACAAAGAUGACUAUUGGAGGGAGCAACAAGAAAAGCUGGAGAUUGAGAAGAAAGCUAUCGUUGAGGAUCACAGUUUGGUAGCAGAAGAAAAGAUGAGACUGCUGAAAGAGAAGGAGAAGAAAAUGGAGGACCUGAGGCGAGAGAAGGAAGCAACAGAAAUGCUGAGUGCUAAAAUCAAGGCGAUGGAAAGCAAGCUGCUGGUGGGAGGGAAAAACAUCGUGGAUCACACCAACGAACAGCAGAAAAUCUUGGAACAGAAACGACAGGAAAUUGCAGAACAGAAACGUCGGGAGCGAGAGAUCCAGCAACAGAUGGAAAGUCGGGAUGAGGAAACGCUAGAGCUGAAGGAGACCUAUAGUUCUCUUCAGCAAGAGGUGGACAUCAAGACCAAAAAACUCAAAAAGCUCUUUUCCAAGCUGCAAGCUGUGAAGGCAGAGAUCCACGAUCUCCAGGAGGAGCACAUCAAGGAGCGCCAGGAGCUGGAACAGACCCAGAAUGAACUUACCAGGGAACUAAAGCUGAAGCACCUGAUUAUUGAAAAUUUUAUUCCCUUGGAAGAAAAAAAUAAGAUCAUGAACAGAUCAUUCUUUGAUGAAGAGGAAGACCAGUGGAAGCUGCAUCCCAUAACCCGUCUGGAUAACCAGCAGAUGAUGAAAAGACCGGUGUCUGCUGUAGGGUACAAAAGGCCCCUGAGCCAACACGCCCGGACGUCCAUGAUGAUCUGUCCAGAGGCUCGGUACAGGGCAGAGAAUAUCGUAUUACUGGAACUCGACAUGCCCAGCCGAACGACGAGAGACUACGAAGGUCCAGCCAUUGCUCCCAAAGUUCAGGCAGCUCUAGAAGCAGCUCUGCAGGAUGAAGAUGAGAUACAGGUGGAUGCUUCCACCUUUGAGAGCACUUCAAAUAAAAAAUCCAAACCCAGGCCUAAAACUGGAAGAAAAUCAGCAGGAUCCUCCUCAGCAGGCACCCACAGUUCUCAGCUCUACCCGCAGUCCCGAGGGCUGGUUCCAAAGUAAAACCAGGAUGUUCCUCUCUGGGGCACGAACAGCCUUUGCCUUCUGAGAGCAGAGACGAGUGAAAACCUGCAGAGAGAACUCCCGGCCAGGCUCCAGCCCCUUUCCUGGAGGUGGCCUCUCUGCUGUUUAACUGACUUGGGCCAGUCCAGGUGCACUGAGCCGCGGGAAGAUACGUGCUUGCAAUUCAGCGUUUGGCCUCUGUGGGAAACAGAUUUUAGUUAGGAAAUCAGAAAUGCAUGAGGUACGUUCAAGUGUAUUUUAGAAGCAAUGGGAAGCAUGAGGAUCACCUCCCAGCGUCGCCGUCUCUCCUCCUGCACUCGUCCUUUGGCUGCUCUGGGCUUCUUUGGGCGAUAAGAAGACAGAGCUGAAAGUCAUCUCAACAGAACCACCGCUCCAGGGCUCCGCAGUGAGACCCAAACGAGGUUGAAAAGCAGAGGAUCUGUUCAAACUUGACUAGGUGCAUAGUUUUUCCUCUUCCUGCUUGAAGGACAGGCGUCGUCAUUUGGGGUUGAGAAGUUGAUCUGAACAGGCAGGAUGGCAGCGGGCAGCAUGUCCUCACCUCCAGGUAGCUGCUGUAGGACAAGAAAGGAGUCUUGAAAGCAACUUUGCGCUCUCUAGAAAGGAAGCCGUAGAAACUCCAGUCCUUUCCUUGUUUACAGGCAUAAGUAAGAGCUGCUCUAAACUGACCUCCUGCAGACCUCGCCCUUACCAACAGCAGCCACCUCGUCACAGAAUGCACCUGCACACCAGUGCCAGCUCCGCAGCUUUCUUCCUCUCUCUUGCCCCCAUCCUUACCCCUGGCAUUUCCAGCCAGUGUCCACACUGCACACGGCCAUUUUCUCACCUCUCCCGCUGCUCGCAGGUUGUGUAGCCCUGGCUCCGAGCUCUCUCCCUGGCCGGCUCACGGGGCCGGCUCGGCUCUCCUGCAGAGGGUGGAGCACUGUCCUGUGGAGCUGCCUGGGGGUGCCUCUUCUUGCAAUUACGGCCCCGUCCCUUGGUGUCUGAGGAGGUUCAGCGUUCGGUACCUUUUGUCCCUCACCCUGUUCCAUGUUAGAAGCUUUCCCUUUGCACCUCCCAGCCCGAGCAGAGCCCCCGGGGAGGGAGAGCACAUGGAAAUGAGACUGGGUGGUGGAAUCUGGUUUUACUUGGAAAACAAGGGAGGAAGAACUCCUGCUUUUGACGGUCUCUUUGCAAAGCUGCCCUAUGACUAAAGCAGGCUCCUGUAGUGCUGCGGGCUCGUGCGGCGGGGGAGAGGGAGGUGGAACUGCCACGCUAAGGACAGAGUAAGGUGUCCCUGUCUAGUGUCUCACAGCUCAUUCUUAAGUUUUAGUUCACUGUAUAUUGAGAAUCGGGAUGCUCCUUUUUCUGGUUGCUGUUGGCUAUCAUGCCAUGAAUGUUUUUACCUGUUUCCUCUCCCUGAUGAUUUCCUCCAGACUGACAUGUGAGUGCACGAGCACUUGCCUGGUUUUAGAAACGCUCUGACAUGCAGACUCAGCCUUGUGUGCUCAUUCAGUAUCCGCUGGGUGACCUCCCCCAGGAUGGAGAACUCCAUUCUGUCCGACCCCUGCGGCAGAGGGGACCGGGCGCUCGGCACAGCUCACCUCUGCAUCCUGCGGGCAUGGUGCCUGGGUGAGCCGGCUGCCCAGCUGGGCCUGGAGAAACGCCAGCUCGGCUGCUUCCGUUCACGGAGUGCUCUUCUGGGACACAAGAUUAAUAUAUAUAUACACACAUAUACACAUAUAUAUAUAUUAGUUUUGGUGGAGGAAAGAGGAGUUUGCUUAUAACCGAGAGAGCAGGCAUCUGACAAAUUUCUUUCAACCUGAACAUGGAAGCCUGGCAUCAUCUUCCCUUUAUAAUACGCUG